CAUUUCACAUUUCGGCGCAUUACUCAGCCUGCAAGUGGAAUUGGCAAUCAAAUGGGAAGACGACUACGACGAAUUUUUCGAUGUAUUUUUAGUAGCCCGCAGAUCGCGCGAUUCUAUAUGCAAACCAUGUUCGUAAUUCACAUGUAGGCCAAAUAUCAGUCGCGUGGGAAGCUGGCUGAGCUGCUGAACUGUGACCCCUAGAACCGCUUGCUCCAAUUGUUGCUGUCCAUUGACAGGCUGCAGCAGGUCCCAUUUAGUGGCUGUGUCGGAGUCCCCGCCAAGCUUGUUAGCCUUGCCCUCCGGCCUUGCCGCUGGACAGACCACCGACCGACCGACACGCUACGAAAGCAGGCCAAUUAGGCCCCCAGGCGGUUGGCGGGGGUCGGAGCCAUCACUGUCAACUGGCAGCUGGCCAAAGACCCACGCACUCGGCAGGCGCGGCGCAGAGUGGCGCACGCACAGUGGCUGGGCUGGCUGGGCUGGCUAGGCGUCGUCUCCUAUCCGAUUCCCAUGUGUUUCACUCUCGUUCUCUGGAGGAAGAGACAGAGGCAGAGGUAGAGGCAGAGGCAGAGGCGAAUCCAAUGUAGUGCGUCAACAGCGACGAUGCCACGGAAGUAUUCUCCGACAACCACCUCCCAGAUCCCUGCCAGCCCUGACAGCCCCCUCCAUACCGUUUUGAUUUAUGCCGCAUUUUGCAAAAGUCAACAAAUGAAAAUGACACGGAAAAUAAUAAUGCCAGGCGACAGAGUGAGAGAGUGCUUACCCAUUAUACCGAUUUAUUUCAGCUUUCAAGGCCGCCAAAGCAGAAAUAGAGUCUCCCCCGCCAUACGCCCGAAGAUGGGGAAAACUAGGAAAAGUCCAGGAAGGCAGCAGAAGGCAGAACCCGGAGAAGCAGCGUCCUUUGAUAUUUAUGUUUUAUUUCAGAAGCAUUAAUAGAAAAAACAGAAACAGGUGGCGCACACAAGUUGUCGUUUUGACUAACAUCAAAAUAGCAAUCACAAGGAACAGGAACUGGAACUGGAGCUGGGACCAGCAGCAGGAGCAGCAGCAGCAGCAGCAGCGCCUCUAUAAAAUCCACAGAUCUACCAUCUACCAUCAGAAUGGGAUUGAACUGCAGCCGUUCGCUGAGCCCCAAACAGAUGGCGGAGCAUCAGCGGGAGACGGGACUCUCGUGUGCACAGUUGGAGCAGCUUUAUAGACGGUUUCAAUCAUUGGAUCGACAGCGUCGUGGCUAUCUGACGCCCACAGAUAUGCUCCGCAUACCGCAGCUGGCUCAGCAUCCAUUGAAACGCCAAAUCGUGGACACCUUCUUUCCCCGUCGCUGCGGGACUGCAACGCUGUCCUUUGACCAAUUUGUGUGCGCCUGCGCUACUGUGCUGGAGCCGCAGUUCAUAUUCACCAAGACCAUGGAGUACCACGGUCCACCCGAUAAUGAACGCGCCGAUAAGAUGCGCCUACUGUGCAAGAUGAUCGAUACACAGAACCUGGGCUACAUUUUGAUCGAGGACUUUCGCAAAUUCAUGGGCACACAGCUCGACCAGAGCGUCGGCCACCGGGCUGAGUUGCCUCUGCUCGAGAUACAGGCAUUCGGGCUCUAUCACUCGGCACUGGGACAGAUCAAAUAUAAGGAGUUCGAGUGCCGUCUCAGUGCUGCCGAUCUAGAGGGACGUCUCUCCAUCAGAAAGUGGCUCGGUAAGGACGUGCCGUCAAGGACUGGGCCUAGAUUGUGCGCGGAGGCGGGUGCGCAUGCGAUUCACCACAAAUAG